GUGUGAAAGCAAUAAUAAUUAGCGCGAUAUCAGCACAAAACGUGUAUGCGUGGGGAUAUAGUUGUGCAACAGGCGGUACCUUGCUCGGUCUGGGAGGUCUUCACUCUGGUAUCGUCUUUGGUAGGAACCAGGUGUCUUUUGUAAUGAAUUAAAUCAAGCACUUUGUCUCGAAACUGAUUACCCACCUAGUAAUAACAUGGCCAGCGUCACUGCAGUCAAGGACUACCACAACAUGGACACCAUCAAGCUAGAAAAUAAGUCCUAUGUGCCCACACUGAGCAGUUUAAGUGGUCCCCUGGUCGUCCUGUCCUCCCACCGGCCCCCGAAGACAGCCCUCCAGCUGAUCGCGAAGCCCGCACACCACGUUGCCGAGGUCGUCGUGAAAACCGCUCUGGACUGCAAGAACGUGGCUUUGCAGAUCGCUGCCGCAUUUUUGGCAAAGCUCGUCUCGCUGGGCAGAUCCUUUCUGAAGUAUGUCAAAAAGGACUUCGCCAAAAAGGAAGGUGUGCCACUGAAGGGGCUCGUUAUCUACAAGGGCGGCACCAAAGGGAUGGGUAGAAUUUUGAAGAAUGUGCUGUAGAGACCCAGAUAGUUUGAGAUGAGAUCGCGUCCGACCUUGGCUUCACUUUUCAUCAGACUGGCAGUGAUCGCGCUAAUGUCGUGGUGUCCGUUCGGCUUGUACGUCCAGUACGUUCUGUACGUCAUGAUACUUCUGCUUUAUAUUACAGUGUUCAGAUACAUGGUGCAAAAUGACUUGAAAUCACACUAAUUGAAACAAUUUAAAAUAUUAUUCAAAUAGUUCUUGUGGUGCGCGAUUAAUAUGCUAAUAAACAAGGCUUAUAAUGUACCUAUAAUUAAAAUUUUAUUUAGUUUAUUUUUUAGUUGAAUAAAGUAUGUGCCUAUUACGCAAUAAUAUUUACAUUGCUCAUAAUUUAAUAAAAUUCAUUUAUUAUCUUAAAAUGUUAGAAAACAAGGACAAGUCCUACGUUAGUAUAAAACAUUUUAUCUGUGUAGUAGUUUAACCUAUAAUAUAAAGGGUUUAAUUUAUUUUAGAAAUCUUAUAUUACUCCAACAUGGUCUAAAGAAGAUGAAUGGCAGAAUGUAAAAUUGGUUCUACUAAUUAAACAUAUGAUUGUUU